AUGGAAUCUGAUAUCCGUGAUUUGGAGGUCCCAUUGGACGACCUGGACCAAUUUCCGGGAACGAUCAUUGAUCGUGGUGAAAUGGUGGAAACUACCGAUGAUCAAGAUAUUCUGUCCUCGCCCCAUAGCAGCUUUUCAUUUGGAGACGAUGAGGAGGAAGACGAGCGCGAGAUCGACGGGCUUAACAAUUUCAAUAUUUUGUUGGAGUACCCCGAGCUCGAAUACGACUAUUCGGAACUCAGCUCUUUCGAGAAUGAGUACAUGGACUGGUUUUCGUCCGGCGACUUGAAGGAAUUGGCGAGUAUUAGAAAACUGACCUCCUCGAACCAAUCGCCUCACAGUUUGGUCAAGCAGCUUUCUGUUGGAACUGAGGAAUCGAAGUUAGUGACAAUCCUACGACUCGAAUACAUCAUCAUGGGCCACUUUGGAGACGUUUCAGAGAUCCCGGAGCUGAAAGAACGGAUACUUUCCAACUCCAAGUUGUUUGUCAGUCAUGAAACACUUCUCCCAAUUUUGGAAUUGGUGUGCAAUCGGAUGCUUUUGUUGAGCGAUCUACGCAAUGAGGAGAAAGUGCCCGAGAAAAAGAAGCUCAAGCUGUGGUCUGCUCAGUUGUACCAUGCAAUGACGAUAGUUUACACCAUUGUGCUGUCUGCUCUUGUGACCAAAGAUAAAACAAAUUUUUUAGCAGGAAUCAUAGAUACCAGUCAGCUGUUGCCCACGAUGAUGCGCUCGAUCGACAAUUGGCGAUGGCUGACUUUGGAUCUGGGCGAUAAGGAUCUAAACACCGUUGUUGAUGGGUCAGUAGCUCACUACUUUAAAGUCCGAAACGUGAUUUUACUACUGUCGAAACUCAUCAUUUUGCAAUUUGGACCAAAAGACCACUUGGAUUCGACCAAAUCGUUUCUCCAGUACAGAUAUGAGUCUACUAAGGGCCAUGUCGAUACCUCUGGAUCCAGGGGAGGCAAAGUGGAUACAAUCAGUCCGCUUGACUACCAGUACUUCCGCAAGGAGCUGAUCACAAGAUACCCCACAUAUACACCUCCAGAACAUAAAGUUUCAGACAUAUUGCAAAUGAACAUUGAUCAGGAUAAUUCUAGCAGUUCGCGGCUGAUUAACACCUCUGCUCUGCUUAUCAACCAGAAACACCAUCUCCGAAACAAAAUGGCCGUUCCUCAGCAGAGUAAUCCUCCUGAAAUACAUAUUGCGACUCCUGCCCCGUCUCCGACUUUGACUCCACAACAUACUGGAGGGUCUCAGGGAUCUAAUAUUUCUGAAAUGGAGCACUCAAACGGCCAAGGCCGCAAGAAAGUGUUCAUCACGCAACCACAGUUCCCUAAUCUAUAUCCAUUUUCCCAAGAUAUCCCAACCAGCAUUCAAGAGGCAACCAAAAUCUUCCAUGCACAUGUUUCCGAGUCUUUUAGUGCUGUUCAGUUCACGGACGUGUUUGUGAACUUCAUCAGGCAAGAAAAAGGAAUACCAGAAACCAAAAGCUCAAAGUUUACUUACAGUGAAAAAGAUGUGGAUGAGAAUCCGAUUUUUGCUGAUGAGAUAGUCUCUCUACAGCGGGUGGAGCAAUUCUACCAUUCUUCGUUACCAUACUUGAACUCCUUGGCAGUGGUGCUAGUUCAAAUAAUCUCGUCCAAUGUGGUUCAGACCCAAAAUUACAAGUCUUCAGACAAUCCAUUUCUCCCACCUUCACGGCCUCUGGACAUAUCCAAACUUUCCGAUUAUGACAAACAAAAACUCGAAGUUUUGCGACUAAAGGAAACAUGUUUAAAAGGAGCUUCUACGAUCAUUUUUUUGUUGCUCAAAUGGUUCAAGAUGUCACAUAUUCUCAAACAGGAAUAUUUUGCUCUGUUGUUAUUUGACAACGACUUUUAUCCAAACAUGUUUCGUCUGUUAGGUAGCAACCAGGCCCAGACGCAGUUUGAGAACUCGUUCGAUUUCAACGACACAGAGACUCUUCUUAGAAAUAGGGCCGUUUACUGUGAUUAUGAGGUGUUGUACGACAUGAAAGAGUACAAUUUUUUCCUUGCGGCAACAGAUAGCCCGUCUCCAAAGACUCCGAAGUAUCAGCUGCAGUCCAAUGAUAUUUUCGAAGUUAGCGAUAAAACAUAUGAAACGUUCAUCCCACCAUUCAACGGCCAAUCUCGUGUGAAAAUUACAAGACCGAACCACAGAUACUGUACGAUUAUCACGCAGCUAUUGCGCAGUCUUUACACCAGCAUUUCGAACUACAAAAUUCAGAGAAUCUACAAGCUGCUCGAAGUUCGUCCGACGGAGAAUUUACGGUUCAUGCUCACCAUUUACAACGCGAACUUUUACAAGCCAAUUUUAAAGAUUAUCAAACUUGUGUGUCCAUUUAACGGGAAAAAAUGGCGGUCGAACAACAUGGACCUCAUUUCGUUUGUUUACCUGUUUUACAAAGUGGGACUACGCGAUCAAUGGCUGAACAACCUGUUCAUCUUCAACCUGAACGAACGACUCAAGAGAUCUUGGGAAAACGAAUACGCAUUGCGCAGUCUUUUGAAAUUUUACAACUCCUCAACAUACCCUGACCAGAUGAUCAAGUUCGGAUACGACGAUAUCCCGAAACUAGACAAAGACAUGCUUUCCUACGACGAAUGGGCAGAUAUCUAA